UCAGUGGCCUGCACCCAGUCUGUGCCAGGAAACUGAUGGCAGUCAUUAACUGUUGGCUUCCACUGGAGGACACAUAAUCACCUGAUGCGUUGAUGUGCUAGCAUCCGUGUCUGAGCCCGAGGACGAUGCAUCUAACGCUCAGUUGCUCUUUGCUCACUAAGUCCCUCGAGAGUUGUGCUGCACCUGUGCAGCCCAUGCGGAAGUGAGGUGUGUGUGGCCUUUGUCCCACAUUUGUCAUACCUAGUGGCAGUGGAAAAACGAAGGCCAUAGGACCCAACACUUAUAAAUCAAAACUCUCUGAGGGAACCUCAUUCUGGGGAGAGUUCACACCAAGAACCCCAGGAGUCUUGCAGUGGGUGCAAAAUAAAGGCCAUGACAGUCCCUCAGAAGUUCAGAAAAGACUCUUCCAACAAGAGGCAGAGGCCGGACGGGAGAAGCUCCCUGGGAAAACAAGUCCUAUACAAGAUGGUGUAGAGAUUGCUGAGGAAGUGUAUCCAACACCUGUAGAGGAGGAAGGGGAAACCAUCUUCAAAUGCACUGAAUGUGUAAAGUAGUUAAUAAGAAACAUCUCCUGGCUGGCCAUGAAAAGAUCCACUCUGGAGUGAAGCCCUAUGUGUGUACAGAGUGUGGGGAGACCUCCAUAAAGAGCACUCAUCUCCUCCAGCACCAGAUGAUCCACACAGGAGAGAGGCCCUUCGAGGGCCUGGAAUGUGGGAAGGCCUUCAACUGCAAGUCGUACCUCACCCAGCACCAGCGGAUCCACAGCGGCGAGAGGCCUUACCAGUGCAGCCAAUGUGGGAAAUCCUUCACCCACCGCUCCAAUUUUGUCCUGCAUAGCAGGAGACAUACUGGAAAGGAGCCCUAUGAGUGCAGUGAGUGUGGGGAGGUCCUCCUUGAGAGUGCAGCCCUGAUCCACCACUAUGUGAUGCACACUGAGGAGAAGCCCUUUGUGUGCAGUGAAUGUGGCAAAGCCUUCACCCACUCUGACCUCAUCCGCCACUUCAGCAUCUACACUGGGGAGAAACCCUAUGAGUGUGUGGAAUGUGGGAAGGCCUUCGGCCGCAGCUCAUCCCUCAGUCACCAUCAAAGGAUGCACAGUGACAGCACCCCUCUCAGUGUGGCAGAGGAGGAAAGACCAUUCUCAACCACACAUACCUCAGUUACCCUCCGAGAACUCCUGGGGAAAGAUUGCUUGAAUGUAACCAGUGAGGGAAAUCUUUUGUCACAAGAAACAUCUUUCUCAGGAUCUGAUCAUCUAUACCAAAGAGAAGCCCCACAAGUGUCUUGACUAUAAAACAAGCAAAAACCCUCCAGUCACAGAAUACUCUGUCAUCUAAAGAGCAUCAGCAGACCCAGUCUUAUUUCCCCUCUGGAAAUUCACCCAGGAAAGAGCUCCAGGGCUGGGGAGGUGGGAUCGUGUUUUGCAUUCACAUGGGAAAAGCUUCAGCUUUUCAUCUCCCUCCUAGUUUACAUCGCUGUGUUAUCUCAGGGGCCAUUUACCGAGGAGCAGAUGCAGACGGAAAUAAAAGCACUGG